GAGCGGAGUGUCCCGCCGGAAAGUGGCGGUUUGCUAGAGGCGGUUAGUUUAGAGUCUGUGGUGGUGUGAGUCUGUGGCUAGCUGCGGGUCUAUACUAGGUCCGUGCUGUCUUAGCUGGAGUGGGACUCCCUGAGGCCUGAGAAACAGGCUGUUCUCUGGCCCCGGACUCCCCGGCUUUCAGCGGUUCCCUCCGUUUGGAUACCGAUUAUUUGGACUCUCCCUCAGACCCAGUUGUCAUAGAUGCCAGGAAGUAUGGCCCCCCUCAAGAAGACUCGAAAUACCACAAAGUUGCCUCUGGCUUUAAACCCCCUGAAGAGCAAGGACGUAUUGGCAGUGCUGGCUGAGAGGAACCAGGCCGUAGUACCAGUAGGGGUUUGGGUGGAGCCUGCCCCGCUAAAUAGUUCGGAAGUCCCGGCAUAUACUUCAGCAUAUAUGAUUGAAGAAGAACUAAAGGAACAGCUAAGGAAAAAACAAGAAGCUCUGAAGCAUUUCCAGAGACAAGUCAAACGCCGAGUAAAUCAACAAAUUAGGCUGAGAAAGAAACAAGAGCUUCAGAAGUCUUAUGAAGCAGCAGAAAAAGAAGGCUCUAUAGCCAUGCACUCUUCCAAUCCAUCACACUUAACUCCUAAAAGAACAAGCGUUUUUCCAAAUACUUUGAAUGCUGCUGUUGGAAGUGCUGGGUUACCUCCUUCCCAGAUGCUUGAGGAUGGAAUAGAAGAUAGAGAGAAUCAGAAUGAACUAUUCCAACAACAAGCCCAGGCUCUUAGUCAAACCAUGAAACAAGCACGUCACCAGCUGGCAUCUUUUAAAACUGUGAAUAAAAAAAAUGCACCAGUGUUUCCAGAUGACAGAAAGAAAAGCUUUCCCACCCAAGAGGAAGUACCUUGUAGGAAACCAGCAUUCAUCAAGAUAAAUAUAGGAACAAGUGGAAAAUUGCCCUUUGAGGUCCAACAAGAUCUUUUAACUCCUGUACAUGACCAGAUAUUUAUGGAAGAUCAGGAAUCUGACUCUGAGGAAUCUCCAUCUAUUAUGAUAGAUAAGAAAGGGAAAGAGAAUUUGUCUUGGGGGGACCAGCAGGAUCUCCUUUCUGAAGACAAGGAUAUAACUUUCAACAGAGUUCAGAAAGUACAAUUCAAAAAUCCAUUAUCUGCUAUGACAGAAGAGAAAGAGGUAGAGCAGUUACGUCAGGAUAUUUUGCCAAAAGCCCAGGAUUAUCUUCCAGAAGCCCAAGGAGAUCUGCUGCAAUCCCAGGGUGAUUUGAUAGACAUCCAGAGUGUUGAACUGGAAGCCUGGAGUGUCGAGCCAAGACCCAGUACCCAGGAUAUGGAGCUGGAAGGCCAAGCAGUUAAGCCCAAAGUCCAGGCUGUUAAGGCAAAAACUCGGAGUGUUCUGCUGAAAACCCAGAGUGUUGAACUAGAAGAGGGGAAUAUUGUUUUGGAAGGCCAAGGUUUUCUACCCCCAAACCAGGCUUUUCUACACACAUGUGAGGAUUUUUCACCCAAAGACCAGAAUAUUUUACUUGAAUGUCCAGAACAGGAUUUUCUACCCAAAGACCAAUGUGCUUUACCCAGAGACCAGCAUGUUUUCCCCAAAGACCAGAAUAUUCUACCCACAUAUCAGGACCAUCAUUUUCUAACUGAAGACCAGAAUAUUCUACCCAAAUGUGAGGACCAGGAUUUUCUGCCCAAAGACCAGCAUGUUCUCUCCACAGACCCAGAAUAUUCAACCCAAAACAGAUGUCAGGACCAGAAUUUUCUACCCAGAGAUGAGAAAGCAAAUUUAAAGCAACUAACAUCAAUUUUGACAGGUAGGAAUGGAAGUGAGGCAUUUCCUCUGGAUGUCCAUCAGGAUCUACACAGGCAUCAAGAUGAGGCCUUCACCAGGGGCAAGAAGGUGCGCUUCAAGGAGUCGUGUUGUGAUAUGACAAGUGAGAAAGAGAGAGACCCUUCUCUGGCAGGUUAUCAGUAUCUGCCUCCUAAACUUCAGGAUCAGGCCUUCAUCAGAGAUGAGAUAGAGCAGAAUCAAAAAGAGAUACAAAGAGAUAAAAACAAGUAUAGCAAACAACCCUCAUCUUUUGAGAAAUGGGAGAUUGAAAAAGGAAUUGCUUCUGGAGUGCCAUCGAUAUGUUUCACCCAGUGUUCAAGACCUAGCCUCUCCCAGACAAGCUUAUAUUCCAAACAGCAGCUGUCUUUUGGAAGAGCUGAACAGUGGCAAGAUGAUUUGCUGCUGGAUCGCCAUCACCAUCGUCCACCCCAGAACCAGAGAGAGGUUUCCAUCAGAAGACAGGUUGGUGGUGGAUAUCAAUCAGGAUUGAAUACUGAAUACCAAACUCCACUGGCAUUUCAGUCUGGAGUAAAUCAAGAAGAAGACAAGAAAGAGCGUCAAAAGCAGUACCUGAGAUACAGACGACUUUUCAUGGAUAUUGAAAGAGAACAAGUGAAAGAACAACAUAGGCAAAAAGAACAGAGGAAGAAAAUUGAAAAGGGUGCCCCGGCAUGCUCUCCUCCCUCUGGCUGAAGCUCUGUCAUUGUAAACUGGGAAGAACCUGUCCACACCUAUUAGAAGGAAUGGGGAAAAAAGUUUAGAAACAGUGCUCAGUCAGUAGAAAUUACUUAAGCACAUUUUAGCAUAAGGUGAACAUUUAUUUCGACGAUAUUUAUUUCUGAAGAAGGAAGGGCUUGGGCCUGAAAAUAAGCAGUUCUCUGAAGUACUAGGAUUAGGGCUCUUUCUCCCGGGAAUUUCAGUCUCGGACUUGAUUCCUGCCUCUUGAAGCCUGUUCUUUACAUAGUUUACAAGGAAUGCCAGCAGUGUGCUAGGAGCUAUGGGUCUGAGGCCAGUGCUAAAGCGUUUUGUGGAGAAAUUCUAGGGGGAAGGUAUUGCUGGGUCAAAGGAGAUGUUAAGAGUUUUUCCAGAUCCGGUGCCUGCCUUUGCCGCCAAGGACAUCUGAGGGUAGCAAGAGUAACUUCAGUCUUUAUUUAGUGGGACUGGUUUGUUUUUUCAGAACUUUAAUCUUAUUAGUAAACUUUUCCCUACAAGACCGUCCAAUUCUUGCCUAUGAAAAGCAUCAAUAGUUCUUUGAAGUCACAUGCUUCUGACUUCUAGACCCAAUUUCCAAUUUUCCUCUGUCCAACCUGUUCUCCCUGUUUCAUUCCUCUUGCUUCACAAUGGUGCAAUAAAACUGUAUUCCCAAUUGUAGAUAUAAGAGAGCAGCAGUGUAAGGCAGGGAGGCAUUUCCAUAGUCACCCCAGGGGCCACUGAGCAGGACUCUGAUCUGCGUAUGGAGUGGCCUUGGGGAGAGCUGGUAUCUUAUCUUUCCAUCAUCAUCACUAUGUGAUUCAGAACAUGACUGUUCUCUUCCAUAAGCUUAAAUUUUCUUGUCUUAGGAAUGGAAAGAAGUAUUACCUUGCAGCCAUUAAGUGGUACAGAGGAAGGUGUUAAAUAAAAGCAGUUGGAAUAAUUUGGAAUCUAAGGAAUAAAGCUGAAAUCUGUACUGGUGAAGGCAAAUUAGGUAUUAACUUGAAUUCACAUGUCCAGCUGACCUAGUACCACAGUUUGUUUAACUAUUCACCUACUGAGGGACAUUUUGGUUGUUUCCAGGUUUUUGCUAUUAUAGAUAAGGCCACCAUGGACAACUGUAUACGGCUUUAUAUGGAUAGAAAUUUUCAUUUAUUUGGGAUAAAUGCCCAGGAAUGCAACUAAUGGGUUGUAUAGUGAGUGUGUGUUUAGUUUUUUUAAGAAAAUGACAGCAUGUAGUUGGAUCAUGUUUUCAAUCCUCUGCCAGGUGAGUGGUAGAAAUCCAGGUUUCCUACUUGUCCGCAGUCGAUAUCCCUGCAGGUGGUGGAGAAGGCACCUCAUUCCUGCUUGGAUAGUGGGAGUUCUGGCUCCUGCUGGACCUCCACUGACACCACCCCGAUGGGAGUGGGAGAAGGCCUCCCAUUGCUCCCCGUGCGACCUCCACUGACCCCCGGGUGGUGGAGGUGGGAGGCUCAUCACCACUGGAAGGUGGUGGAAGUCCUGGCUUCUCACGGGAGUUCUCUGACACCACCCUGAUGGUGGGGCUAGGGGGCACCUCAUUACAGCCAGGAGAAAAUGGAAGUUGAGGCUCCCCACUCUGUCUUUGCUGCCAGAAUUGGGGUGGGGCUGCAGUGUUUUCUGUGGUGUUUGGUUGGAGUAGGCCGCCCCUUUCUUGAUCCUUUAGCUAGAUGGCCAGCUUUCUUGGUGCUUUCCCCUUUUCCUUUCUGUCUGUGCCAUUGGUGCUUCUGGAUUGCUGGCUUCUCCAGCACCCAGUCCAGGAUGAAUGAAGCAAAAAGCAAACCCAGACAAAUAACUACUAUGUGUUUCCUUGGAUCUCGAUGCUCCUAGCUAAUCUUUUUCUCUCCACUUUCAGAGUUUUCUUGUGUUCUUGUAUAUACAACCCCCAGAGUUUUUAGCACUUAGCAAGAAGGGUAGGGAGAACUGAGGCUCUUUGAUCUUGGCCCAGAAUCAGAAGUCUGACAAGGCCUUUUAUUCUUUCUCCUUUUGGGGGGGAGGUGCGUAAUAGGGCUUUUUAUUUAUUUAUUUGUUAUUUAAUGGAGAUACCAAGGAUUGAACCCAGGACCUCAUCCAUGCUAAGCAUGUGCUCUACCACUGAACUAUAUCCUUCCCCCGACAAGGCCUUUUAAAUGGCCAUUUCUCCUCUAAGAACAUAAAUCCGAUCAUGUCUCAGCCUUUCUUGAAAAAUUCCUUUUCGUAACACCCAACUGUCCAAAGGACAAAAUCCCAACCCCUUAACCUUGACUUUUACGCCUCCUUACCACGAGUAACAACAGCCACAUCUGCAGCUCCUCACUGGAGUGUAUACUCUUCAGCUACACAGAAUUUUUUGCACCAUUUCUUAAAUACACCAUGCUUUGUCAUGCUUCGCUUACCUGUCUCCUCCUCUCUACUUGGCAUGUGCCUAGCUAUACUUCACAUCUGCUCCUUGUAGUACCUACUGCGAAGACUUUCAAGACUCUUGCAGAGUUCUUUGAUCCUUCCUCGGGGCCACCAUAGCAGUAUGAACCUCUCCCUAUAAGCUGUGUCUGGCUGGAGUGACUCUCUUCUACUAGGGCUCUCUGAGGUGGAAUUACGUCUCUUUACAUCUCUGUCCCAUUCAGCUGUGCCUUCUGUAAGAUCAGGGGCUGUGCCUGUCUUCGUCAUCAAUGUAUCCUCAGUGUCUAGCACUGUGCCUGGCGCCUAGGUGGCACUCAACAAAUGUUGGUUAAAUGAAUAAAUGAAUGAACCGUUACUUUUAGAUACUAGAGCAACCAGAAAUUGUCCUCAGACUACCUGAGACUGCCUCCCUUUUAUCAUUACUACAUGUUCCUUUUUAUUUUUCCCCCGGAACAAGCUGACUUUGGGAGACCAUAAUAAUCGAACCACGUCCCCAGUCUGCUUCACCCUUCCUGAGGACUGCCUCUUUCAGGUUGUCUUUAUGUGUAUCUUUAUAUAAACCAGGGGCGACACUUGUUGCGAUGUCUAGAAGGGCCUACACAGAUAACUGGCUACCCAAAAAGUCCCAUGAAUGGUCAGUGAAACUUGCUGGCAGUAGAACUGGUAUUUGAUGGGCAAAAAGGCCCUUACCUGCCAGCUCCUGUUUUAUGAGUGUCUGAUACCUCAGCCAUAGUAAGCAUUUUUGACAAAUUAUAGGGCUCCCCACCAUAAGAACUAAGGAUCUUUUCCUUUAGUGUCUGACUCAAUAGCUCAUCCCUUCCCUGCUUAUUUCCUUCAGAUACUGCUGUCCACCCUGCAGGGCUUGAGGAGGUGGUGCGUGAGGGGAGCCAGAUAACAGGAGGGUGAGUCCGGUCUGGAGAGCUUGUGUAUGUGAGUGAAAGAAAGAUCCCUCUUUGCCGGUCCCCCGAGCAGCAGGAAGCAAGACUGUCAGCUCGCCCACAGGAGCAAGCAAAGAAUAUAGGUAG